CGCACAGCUGAGCGACACACGGGACUAAACUGGUACCUGCUCAUACUGUUUUCCUCCUGCACGCCACUUCAGCGCUCCUCACCAUGUUUAUGCACAGGCAAUUCAUCUCUGUGUUGCUUCGGCCUCUGCUUUUGUCGCAAGUUGAGCAUCUGCAGCUUUAAACGCGGUUGUGGGCUCCUCAUAGAACUUCUCCACAAGUGAAGCGCGCUGCCAACGCCACUACACAGGAGCAUAGGACGAGAGACAGACGGACGCUCGGAGCAGAGAGCCGCUGGCGCACCUCGUCAAACCCAUGGAAUAAUCACUAUGGAAUACCAUUGGAUACUCUUGUCUGUCUUUCUGCACUUAACCUUUCACCCAGGUGACACCAAGCCUUCCAUCACCCCCGACACCUCCAACCUGGUCAUCCACUCCCACCUCACCCUUGGGACGUACAUGGUGGUAGAACUUAGCCAACCCUUUGGUCUGCGUUGCCAGGGUGACAGGGUGAUGCACUGGAAGAGGGAGGGCCGUUCCAGAUUGCGCCCCGAGGUACAGGAUGGGAUGUCCACGGUGCGCUUCCAGCGAGCUCUCAUUUUUCAUACGGGACGCUACAUCUGUUCCGAGGAACUGUCUGGGCUACAAACAUCGAUUUAUGUCUUUGUCAGAGAUCCUGACAAUCCCUUCAUAAAAUCAAUGGUGGAUCAUUUAUUGACACGAGAAGGAGAUACAGUGACUAUUCCCUGCUUAGCGACAGACCCAAGUUUGGAUAAGUUGCACCUUCAAACCUGCUCUGGUAAAGGCCUGCCCACUGGUCUAGAAUACACCACUAGUCUGGAGCAGGGCAUCACCAUCUCCAACUCACAGAAGGAGUACAAUGACUGCUACAUCUGCAAAGGAAUACUGGCCGACAAGGAGGUCCAGUCCAUAAACUACCAACUCACUGUAAAACCAGUCCCCCGUGCUGAACCUGUCAUUGACAUGCAGGCUCCAAAGCGCAUGAUUCUCAUCCGCGGGGAGAACCUGUCCCUCACCUGCAACACAUCCAACGUCAACAGUGACAUCCAGCUGGAGUGGCUGACCCCGGCCGGCUCGGGUGCCGUCUGGUAUCCACAGCAACCGGCAGAGGUGAGCACUAAAACCAGUAUCGAGAUGGAGCCGAUCGAAUAUGUGAGCAGUGCCACCCUCAACAUUAAGAACGCAGUGCCCCAGGACACGGGCCGCUACCAGUGCAAGGCAAUGAACGAGAAGGGGGUCAGCUCACAGUCGCUCUGGCUCGAUGUUUACGAAAAGGGUUUUAUUAACCUCACGCCGCAGACGAACACGACCCAUCACGUCCGGUCAGGGGAGAGUCUGACUUUGAAGGUGGACAUGGAGGCCUACCCCAAACCACACAGCUUCUCCUGGUCCUUCAGAGAGUUUGGCCUCCACAACACCACGGAUCACGUCAUCACCACGUACUUCCACCAGUACAGGUUUGUGAGUGAGCUGCGGCUGGUGCGGUUGAAGAUAGUGGAGAGCGGUGUCUACACUUUCAAAGCGACAAAUGGACACACAUCAGUAAACCAGUCAUUCACCAUCUUUGUCAUCAGUAAACCAGAGAUUGUUAAACACAUGGGCCCGGUGGAUGGUCAGGUGCGCUGUGUGGCUGAAGGUUUCCCCGCUCCACAGAUCACGUGGUUCUACUGUGAGCAGUCUUAUGUGAGGUGCUCACAGCAGGUGAAUGCCACACAGGAAGAGCAGAAUGUGAUGACUGUGACGUUGUUCAGUCCUCUGUUUGGGAAGACAGGGGUGGAGAGCCGCGUGAACAUUAGCAGAGGAGGCUUCAGUACGCUGGAGUGUGUGGCCACAGCAGAGGGAGAGCAGGCCUACAUGCUCUUCUCUAUCAGCGAGAAGACAGUUGCUCAUGGUUUGUUCACCCCCUUGCUCAUUGGCACAGCUUCAGCAGCAGCCGUCCUCUGUCUGGUUCUCAUCGCACUCUUCUACAAGUAUCUAAAGAAACCCAAAUAUCAAAUCCAGUGGAAAGUUAUCGAGGGAAUCCAUGGAAACAACUAUGUGUAUAUUGACCCCACCCAGCUACCGUAUGAUCACCAGUGGGAGUUUCCAAGGAAUAACCUGCGAUUUGGAAAAACUUUGGGAUCUGGAGCUUUUGGGAAAGUGGUGGAGGCAACUGCGUAUGGCCUCUCCAAAGCAGACUCCGUCAUGACAGUAGCCGUGAAAAUGUUAAAAUCGAGUGCCCAUUCCACAGAGAAAGAAGCACUGAUGUCUGAACUGAAGGUGCUGAGUUACCUGGGGAACCACAUGAACAUUGUCAACCUGCUGGGAGCGUGCACUGUGGGAGGCCCCACGUUGGUAAUAACAGAAUACUGCUGCUUCGGAGACCUGCUCAACUUCCUGCGCAGAAAACGAGAGUUCUUCAUCUGCUACAAGAACGAGGAGGACUGCUACUACCGCAACGUGCUGCUACAGCGAGAGGCCAAUGGUGACAGCUUGAACGGCUACAUGACCAUGAGGCCUUCUGUCGCUGGCACGCACCCGCUCACGUCCGAGAAGAGGUGCUCGAUACGGAAAGGUGGCUCUUACAUUGAGGCAGAUGAAGGGAAUGAGUUGUUUGAAGAAGAUGGUCUGUCUCUGGACACUGAGGACCUCCUGAGCUUCUCGUAUCAAGUGGCCAAAGGCAUGGAGUUUCUGGCCUCCAAAAAUUGCAUCCAUCGAGACCUGGCAGCUCGCAACAUCCUUCUCACACAAGGAAGAGUGGCUAAGAUCUGUGAUUUUGGUUUGGCCCGCGACAUCACUACAGACUCCAACUAUGUGGUUAAAGGCAACGCACGGUUGCCAGUGAAGUGGAUGUCUCCAGAAAGUAUCUUUGAAUGCGUUUAUACUUUUGAGAGUGAUGUGUGGUCCUAUGGCAUUUUGCUCUGGGAAAUCUUCUCUUUAGGAAAUAGCCCGUAUCCUGGAAUGCCUGUGGAUGCCAAGUUUUACAAAAUGAUAAAAGAAGGAUACAGGAUGGAUGCCCCAGAAUUUGCACCCAAUGAAAUGUAUCAGAUUAUGCAAUCAUGCUGGGACCCUGACCCCGUCAAAAGGCCCCCCUUCAGGAAGGUCGUGGAGAGGAUUGAGCAGCAGCUGUCCGAUGCCACUAAACAUAUUUACCUGAAUUUUAGCUCGAGACUCACACUGACGCCGAGAUCCACAGAGAAGCCUGGUUCCCAAAGUCCCGGUCUGGUCCACCCCCCAAAUAACAACGACCUGCAGACACAGCCCUUACUGCUCCAGCAUGAGGUCUUCCUGGAGGGGACCACUCUGAGAGCCCAGAGAGUUUAACACCAGACGCCCCACCAUGGCUGUCCCUUAAAGUGCCUGUUAAAAAAGAACAUUCCUCCUCCAACGCCCACCUACGGCCGCUCACUGCUCUCGUACCUGUGGAGUUAACUACCACAGAUGGGACAGAGGCAAAACAGAGACCAAGAUCUAUGGCUUUUAUUGUGCGUGUUACGUUACAGCCUGCUUGGUACUGGGAGGACAUUUAACAGACUAUAACUGCUCCCUUGUUUUGGGGUUUGGUGCAAAGAGGUGGAAACGCUCCUCCAAAACUUUCAUCUACCACAUUUAUGACUUUUUUAUUGUCAGUUACAAAUUCUUUACACAUUUCAUAAACCAUAUUUUGUUUCUAUAGUUUUUUUUUCUUUUCUUUUUUUAUGUUGAGUUCUGUUACUUUACACUGUUUCUGCCAUGCAUCCAUGUAGCACUGUGAUACUGGUUGCAAUUCUCGGAGGAAAUUAAGCACUCGAGGCACUUCAAGGAACUUUCCACAUCAUUUUUCAUAUCAUGAAAUGCAGCUUUCUAUUUUGUUUUUGUCAGUAUUAUUUUCACCUGUUCAGCUCUGUUAAAAUGAAGGAGAUAACAGUAUAUUUGGGGGCCAAUUCAGUUGAAAUAAUGAUUUAAAAAAAUACUAGUAUAUAAGCUAUUAGACAGGGAGAGCAGACAUGCGGGUGCACCUAAAACUUAGCAAACUCAUUUGUAUUUUACAUGGAUUAGCCUACCAAACAUCAGUGUCUUAAAAUGUUUCUUUUAGAAUUGGUACGCUAGCUUCCAGUGUGUGUUUGGUGACAUUUUAGUGGGUGGCAAAGCAAAGAUGGAGAUUAACCUUUGGAGUUUUGUACAGUUGUAAAAUUGACUCUGUUGCAUCCAGUAUAUGACUAUUGUUUACAAGAAGCACUAGACCAGACGGUACUGCCAUUUUGAGAUGAGUUUCCCUUUCGUUGAAACACAAUGAUGAAGGAAACUUUUGUGUAGAUAGAUUUGCAUUGUAAAGUUGAUACAAUCAGGGUCACGUGAAUGCCAUUUUAAAGUGGACUGCAGUGAGGACUGGGAAAGCUACAGGGGUCCGAGCCACAACACAACAUGGUUUAGAGUCGGCCUUAUUGCUAUCCGGCCAGUAGCAGUUUUCCCAAAUUUCUCCAGCUGUUUCUUGAUCCAGCUUUGGGGAUUUGAGCACCUCUAUGUUCAUAGGACUUCCCCAUUGGUGGAUGUAAGUGUCCUGUAUGUGUGGAUAGACCUAAAUAGUGUGUGUAUGCAAGUGUAUUAGAAGGUUUAAAGAGGUGCCACUCCUUAUCAUUGUAUAGGAACCCACAGUCUCUACUCUACUGUCAAUGUAAAUAUUAAUGUACGUAUUAUAUUUUAAGUUGAUGCUUUUGGACAAAUGAAGAUAUGGUACAUCGGUGCAGAAUAUUUGAUGCUGUAUUUUCUUAGCCUAAAUGUGCUCAGAAAUGUUGAUUGUAACUGGAGGCGCUCCCUGUGUGUCAGUCACCAUGGAAACUUAACAAAAAAAAUCACUUACUUUUUGGCAAUUUUCUUGACUUUAACCCUGGCAGCGCUUACGUCGAUCUGCUUGGUUAUAAUGAGGCUCACCAUCACUGUCUAAAAGGCACAGUGAAAAGAGACUAUUUUCCUGUGACAGUUUCCUCCUCCUCCCCUGCAGAGGCUCUAUAUUUAUUUAACCUAAAGCUUUAGUGACACUGUGUACAUUUGAUGUGAUGCUAUUAAAAUGUGUCAAUGUAAAUAAAAGUAUAAAAUUUA